ACCAUGAAGUUCUGUUCUACAAUAGCUGCUCUGCUUAUAGCAGCUUGUCUGUUUGUGCCCUCUUACUCURUUUGGCGCAAACCUGGGRUCUGCCCAAAAAUCUUCAAUACUUUUGUGGCUGUCCCACCAUGUAACUUUGACUUUCAAUGCCCUGGACAUGAGAAAUGCUGCCACUUUGAUAACGGAUCCGUUUGUGCCCCUCCUAUUGCCAUACCCUUAGGGUGUCCCCGUCUCUUUCCAGGAGAUGUUGGGAGUUGUGUUGAAGGGUGUAUUAAAGGAUGCAAAAGGGGUCAGAUAUGCUGCCCUAACGGGUGUGGAAAUCAGUGCAUGGCACCAGUACCAGGGUAGCCAGCAUUUUGUGGAAAUCAUSUGUUCAUCCCUCACUGYCAUGAUGCUAUCRAURGUGGAUGCAGCAGUAAGAAGAUUGYUACCCAAACAAAUGUGGAAACACCUGUGAACAGACCUUUUUCUUCUUCAAACCACCAGCUGAGCUGCAUCAGUCAAGUGUGCUCUUCUGUGGUUUCUUCAAUAUUGAUUAGAAAAUGUCAAUAUGUUUCUCAUGUAUGUUUUUACUUAAGUAUUUUUUUGCUGAUUUGUCAAGCUAUGGUAUUUUUACAUUUUGCAGUAAUUGCAGAGUGAUUUACAAAAGUGUACUGUGGGUUUUGGGUUUCUUUUUUUAUCAAAAAAUCUCAGGUUAAAUGAUCAGGAGUGUGUGUUCUGGUAUUUCUACCUUUUAAUAACAGAACAAUCUACUUGUCAUCACAUCAGCGAAUCAUUCAGAGUGAUCUAUAAAGGUAUACUGUGGGUUUUGGUUUUAAUUUCUGCAAGUGUGCAACAAAAGCUUACCAAAUUUACCAUGUUGUCAAUAAAGCUCUAUAAAAUGAU